AUGUCUAGCUGGUCUUUGUUGAAGGAGAAUUAUGACUUCUUUGGUGGAAAUUCCGAAGAUGGCGGAUCAGUAAUAACAAGCGGAGGCGGAGGAGAUGUACCUUGUGGUUAUGUUGUACGUAUACCACCUCCGAUGAGUGGUCCUGGUCGACCUUCAAAUGCAGUUGAAAUUGCUUCCAUUACAUUAACACAUGUUAGUAUGUCACCUGAUACAACCCGUAAGAUGGUAACGUGGUAUGAAGUUUUAGUAAGUACCCCUACUCAUCAAUGGUCUGUGUUAAAACGGUUUUCUGAAUUCCUUGAUCUACACAGGAUGAUAGAGAAAGUGGGUCUCCUUCAGCUUUCAAGGCGUCAAUUGCAGAGAAAUAUCAUAUCCCCACCUUCACGUCUAUCACUUAGUCAGUGGCGUAGACAACAAUUGGAAAGGUUCGUGCAGUCGUUACUUCAGACACUGAAAGAUUUGUCAAUAGCAGUUGUGACAGGUCUCAGUGAUAAGACGGAGUCUUUACAAUCGACGACAUUGGGUGUUGUACGUGCUGGUUUUUCCAGUUUUAUUCAAUUUCUUGUAACAACAUCUUAUGAUGAAUCAUUGGAAAUAACUACUGUUAAAAAGAAAACUGAUCCUUCUAUACCAUAUGAACAGUCUCCACGUUGCCUUACAAUGGAUGAUACUGGACAUGUACCACCUGCUAAAAUACUACAUAUACCAAAACGUCUUUUUACUAUAAUGUUACAACUUCCAGGUGCUUCCCUGUCUACUGUCUACGUUGACUCUGCUUUCAAUUCCUCUUCUAUGCAGACUACUUCUUUUGAAACACCCCGAGAAAUUAUUGUGGGUGGUUGUUGGAAUAGUCAAAUAACAAGUGUGUCCUCUGUUCUUGCAGACGUACCAGACGCCGGCCUUUCUUCUGGAGGUAGUGUUUGCGAUGGUGAAAGCGCCCGUGAGUUGGGAGAAGCUGAGGGUUUAUCACAGAUCUUGUUUGACACCUUCCCUGUAGGUGAGUUUCAAAUGAAAUUUGAAGUACCAUCAGAUUUUGCUAUUGAUGAAUGGCAGAGCGACUAUGCAGCUGGUGUGCUUUUCCUUACCUGGCGACGUGAGGAAUCUAUUUCCUAA